AUGAUCCUCAACAAGUGCUUUAUCGCCAUCGCCAUUGCGCUGGCCUUGACCGUGCCCGGCAGAGCUGACGGUAUGUCCAAACACAGUCUGCACGGCUCGACACGAGAUGCUGACAUUCGAGUGGGGUUUUUUGUAGGCACCAAUGUGCUGCAGCGCCGUAGCCAAGCAGGUGCCGGCACCGAUCCCGGCAACUCGUUCGAUCCCAACAACCGCGGCGGCGUCCCUCCUCCCGUUGGUCAGAUUCCUCACCACGGCCACGAGCAGUCGCUUCUGCAGCGCUCUGACCAUGACAACCAUGGCACCGGCGGCGACCCUGGUCCUGGCCGCCAGCCUCACGCUGCUCUCGAGCGUCGUGCUUGGGCCCAUCGUAACGACGAUGACAACCGUGGCA